UGUGAGAAGCCAACAAAAAGAAGCAGAAGGAAGCCAACCCCACUCUGCUCAGUCUCUCUGAGUCUCCAACUCUCUUCUUCCUCGAUCUCUCCGCCUCCCCUCUUAACAGAUUCUCCCUUCGCCACCCUUCCACAUUAAAACCCUUCGUUUUGAUCUCCAUCAUCAAAUUUCACACUCCCUCGUUUCAAUCUCCAAUCUGUUGCUUUCAUCACCCUCCCCAAUGCUGUUGAGCUGAAUUCGUUUCCCGCUUCUCUGCUUUGGGCUUCCGCAAAGGGUUGGAUUUAGGACAUUGCGUUGGGAGUACACAGUUAGUUGUUGAAAUAUGGUUCCUACCUAUGUUGUUGGUGCCCUUGUUCCGCUUUUGUUAACUCUUUUACUUCAGAAGUCCAAGAAGGAAACCAAACGGGGUUUGCUCGUUGAUGCUGGUGGGGAACCUGGCUAUGCAGUCCGGAACCAUCAUUCUACUUCCCCGGUGGAGUCAGCUUGGGAAGGGAUUUCAACUCUUGCUCAACUUUUUGAGCAGUCGUGCAACCGAUUCCAAAAUAAGUGCUUUCUUGGGACCCGGGCAUUGCUGGCAAGGGAGCUUGAAGUUACAAAGGAUGGGAAAUCCUUUGAGAAGCUUCAUUUGGGAGACUACGAGUGGCUAACUUAUGGGAAGGCAUUUCAAGUUGUGUGCAACUUUGCUUCUGGUUUGAGUCGGCUUGGACAUAAAAGGGAAGAACGAGUAGCAAUCUUUGCUGACACUAGAGAAGAGUGGUUCCUUGCAUUGCAGGGUUGUUUUAGGCGCAAUGUCACUGUUGUUACCAUAUAUGCAUCUCUUGGGGAGGAGGCUUUAUGUCACUCAUUAAAUGAGACAGAAGUUACAACUGUGAUUUGUGGGCACAAAGAACUGGAGAAACUUGUAGCCAUAAGUGGACAACUUGACACAGUGAACCACAUCAUAUGUAUGGAUGAUGAUAUCCCAUCUAGUGCUUCGUCUGUUGAUAGCAGGUGGAGAAUCACUUCAUUUGCGGAUGUUGAGAAACUUGGACGAGAAAACCCUGUUGAUCCUGAAUUACCUCUUCCUGCAGAUAUUGCGGUCAUUAUGUAUACAAGUGGAAGUACAGGAUUGCCCAAGGGUGUAAUGAUGACACAUGCUAAUGUCCUAGCUGUUACUUCUGCUGUCAUGACCAUUGUCCCUGGUAUUGGAACCAAGGAUAUCUAUAUGGCAUAUCUCCCCCUUGCUCAUAUCCUGGAAUUAGCAGCAGAGAAUGUCAUGGUUGCUGCUGGAAGUGCUAUAGGGUAUGGAUCUCCUUUGACUCUUACAGAUACGUCAAGUAAAAUAAAAAAGGGAACAAAGGGGGAUGCAACUGCGCUUUUGCCAACUUUAUUGACAGCUGUUCCUGCAAUUCUUGAUCGUGUUCGAGAUGGGGUGCUCAAUAAGGUAAAUGCAAAAGGUGGGCUAUCCAAGAAAUUGUUUGAGUUGGCAUAUGCUCGUAGGUUGUCUGCUGUGAAUGGCAGCUGGUUUGGGGCCUGGGGCCUGGAAAGGAUUCUGUGGGACUUUCUUGUGUUUAGAAAGGUCCGUGCAAUUCUAGGAGGUCGCAUCCGUUACAUGCUAUCUGGUGGUGCUCCUCUUUCUGGUGAUACUCAAAGAUUCAUCAAUAUUUGCAUUGGUACUUCAAUUGGUCAAGGGUAUGGUCUCACAGAAACUUGCGCUGGCGGAACAUUCUCAGAGUUUGGUGAUACCUCUGUUGGUCGCGUUGGAGCUCCACUUCCCUGUUCAUUUGUCAAGUUAAUUGAUUGGCCUGAAGGAGGAUAUCUGAUUAGUGAUUCCCCAAUGCCUCGUGGAGAGAUAGUCAUUGGUGGUCCAAAUGUUACAGUCGGUUAUUUCAAAAAUGAAGAAAAAACGAACGAAUCUUACAAGGUUGACGAGAAAGGAAUGAGGUGGUUCUAUACAGGUGACAUCGGGCAAAUUCAUGCCGAUGGUUGCCUUGAGAUAAUUGACCGUAGGAAAGAUAUAGUUAAGCUUCAACAUGGGGAGUAUGUCUCCUUAGGAAAGGUUGAGGCUGCUCUUUCAGUGUGCCGCUAUAUUGACAAUAUCAUGGUGCAUGCUGAUCCUUUUCAUAGUUACUGUGUGGCUCUCGUGGUUGCUUCUCGAACCACAGUGGAAGAUUGGGCUGCAAAGCAAGGAAUUACUUUUAGUGAGUUUUCAGACUUGUGUGAGAAAGAAGAAACCAGAAAAGAAGUGCAAGCAUCACUGUUAAAGGAAGCAAAGAAGGCGCGUUUGCAGAAGUUUGAGAUCCCUGCAAAAAUCAAAUUGCUUUUUGAGCCAUGGACUCCUGAAAGUGGCCUGGUCACCUCAGCUCUCAAGCUCAAAAGAGAUAUCAUUCGGAAGGCUUUCUCUGAAGACCUCUCCAAGUUAUACGCUUGA